ACGAGUUUAGGAGACACUGCGUCUCACACAUACAUCUCCGUGUCCUUCCGUUUUAGGACCAACGCGGUGAGAGCCUGAUCUCGUCUCCUCCGAACAUCUCGCAAGACACACGACGGUCAGAAAUUCGGCGUAGUCUCUCUUUAUCAAGAGCAAUUUCGAGGAUAAUACUGUACGAAUCAGAAACAACCAGAAUACUGUAUAAUCCUCUACGAAUCUGUCUGCGACUUUAUCCUCUCCAGCUGUACAAGUAUAUCACAUCGGUGUCUCUUUUAAUCUCUCUCGCUUUCACUGCCUCAAUCUAUGCACGCGUGACCGUUACGAGCUUGCUAACAACCAGAAUCAGGUGCGUUACUUGGGCGAACUUUCACCAAGCCACGCGUUACAACCAAGAAUGUCGCAUCCAGGAGUGGUACAACCAGGAUUACUUUCCGCGUUCCAUCCCGGGUUACAACCAGCGACGCAAUCGGCGUCACAGCCAGCCAUUUUCGAUGCGCGGAGACUAGCAACGGCUGUCCCAGAGGACAUAGUCUUCUGCAUAGACACCGACAUAGAGGCGGCGCGCGAGUUAAAGUCAUCCAGCAGCGCUGCAGCCGCUACAGGCGGGGAUGGGGCCGGAGGAGAGGGGGCCGGAGGGGUAUCAAGCGCACAAUACGCACCGGAAACAGGAGGAGCGGCAGGGGGAGCAACAGGAGCAGCAGCAGCAUCAUCGUCAGCAGCAGCAGCAGCAGCAGCAGCAGCAUCGCUGACGCGGCUAGAUGCCAUACGGCAGGCUCUGCUGCUGUACACGCAUUCGAAGCUCGCCAUGAACCCCUCUCACAGAUUCGCCCUGGCCACCCUUAAGGGCAACACAGCCACUGCAGCAGUUGCACUGCCUGCCACAGAGGGUGCUGCCUCCCCUGGUUCGAGCCCCCGCCAGCCACAGUUCUCCUGGGUCGUGGAGCAUUUCACUAACGACAUGAACACUCUCAUCUCCGGCUUCCAAUCACUGCACGCCACGUCAUGCUUCUCCUCUGUGGACCUCUCCCCUCUCUUCCGCACCCUCGCAUCUGAGUCCCAACGCUCGGCUGAUCGUGGCCGUUCAUUGCGCCUGAUUCUCUUCUUCUGUCGCUCCUCCUGCAUCCCCGGCCCUCCGCCUCUCCAUGUCCCUCGCCCGUCCAUCCCCUUCACAGCGGAUUGCAUCUACUGGCACGACCGCCCGAACAAUUUCAACUGCCCGCAGGCCGUUUUCGACGGGCUGACCGCUGCCCUGGAGGCAGUUUCCAUGCCCGAACCUUUUAUCUGGGAGUACAGCAGCAAUGUAGCCAGGUAUAUCUUCCGAGCAACAUCCUCUUUAUUAGCUCAUCCAGCACAACGUUCGGCUGAAGACUACCUGUCCAUGCCUAAGGUUCUGGACUCUCAGUCGGCUGGAGCCCCCGGUGCAGGUACAUCUGGACCAGGAGUACCUGGCCAAAGCACACUUCUUCCAGGCGUUCAUUAUGGCCCGGGGAAUGGAGGAGGCGGGAAGGCAGGGGAGACCUAUAUUGGUAGUGGUUUGAUUGGGCAUGGGAGUGGAAUUGGUGGUGAGAAGGAGAAGGCAUCUGGGGGCUCGAUAUGGAGCAGGGCGUUGGGGCAUGGAAAGAAGGAUACUCAGCGUGACGUCUAGGACUCCUGUUGGGACACUGAUGAGCAGGGGAAAAGAAAAUAUACCCUUGUAUAAGGAAAUGAUUUGCAUACAGGAUAUGGUAUUGAAACUGU